CGUCUUCCAAAGACCCCACAGAGCCAAGAUGGCUGCGCCCGUGGCGGACACCGGGGAGUUUGAAACUUGGUUAAAUGAUCGUUUAGACUCUUUGGAUGUGGAUCGUGAGGUAUACGGGACCUACAUUGUAGGAGUCCUGCGAGAAGAGGAGAGUGACGAGGAGAAAAAAGACGCGCUGCAAGGGAUUCUCUCAGCGUUUUUGGAUGAGGACUCUGCAGUUGACGUCUGCCAACAGAUCCUCACGGAGUGGGCGGAGUAUUGCAGCCGAUCAGCGACCAAGCGUACUGCUUCUGAUGUGGAGGUCCAAGCCAUCGCCACUAUGAUAGAAAAACAGGCUCAGAUUGUGGUCAAACAGAAGGUGUCGGAGUCUUCGAAGAAAACAAAGGAAGCCCUCCUUGCUCAGUAUGCCAAUGUAACAGAUGAAGAGGAUGAAGAUGAAGAUGAGGAGCAAACAAGUGGAGGUAACAUUCCUGGAAAUGAUAAAUCCCUGUUCAGGAACACCAAUGUAGAGGAAGUUCUGAACAGACAAAAGCAAAAGCGCGAUCAAGCUCGUGAAGACGCCCAGAAGAAGAAGGAAAUGGACAAGAUGCAGCGAGAGAAGGACAAACUCGCUAAACAAGACAGAAAAGAGAAGGAGAAGAAGCGUACACAGAAAGGUGAACGCAAAAGAUAAAAGCCAGAUGAAAGGACACUUUGACAUGAAAAGGUUCUGCAAAAAGAAAAAAUGGAAAACGAUAAUUGCCUUUUUUUUACGAGACCUCGACGCCUGUAGUUUGAGAAUAUGGAACAUGUCCCACCGUCCUUGUCAGUUAUGUUGUGCAUUUCUUGAGUAUCUGUAAAGAACAAAGUUCUGGAUGUUGUCAAAGCUCAAAGUCCUGAUGAAUUAGUUUUUUUUUUUUUUCUGUUCCUGGACAGUGAAAAUUGAUACAAAAUACUGUCUUAUAGGGAAAAAAGCUGCAAAUCUUUAGUUGGUGGUAAUAAUCUCCAACAAGGCUUUAAUAUUUGUUUGUUUUUGUUUGUUUGAUGCAUGAUAUCUCAAAAGCAUAUGAACAGAUUUGUAGGGAGACUAGAUUGAGAUCAUGUAAGAUCAUUUUUUUUUUUUGUAUUUUAUUAUGCAUCUCAUUGAUUCAGUGUAAUUUGUACUUUAAUGGGGAAAACACCCCCAACCAUACGUUAGCAAAACAGUCCUUACCUGCACUCCAGGCUGAUUAAGGGCUGUUUGUUCUCUAGUUACCACCACCAAAAGCAUUUUUGUUGCCAUUUAUCUGUCUGGUAAUUAGUUGGUUCACCAGCAAGAUGCCACAGAAUGAUAUCAAGAGAUCUCAGUGCAAUCUGGUGGAGAGCUCGAGCCUGGGAGAAGCAAGAUCUGAUUCAGUUUUUGCAUGAAACCAGAUCAACAAGCAGCUUUUGCCUUUGAUCUUGGCUUCUUUGAACCUGAUCAGGAGGUGGAUCCAGAUGAGAUUACAGCAUCAAAGCCACCAUCAUUUCAGGUCCAAUUUCAAUGAGGCGCAAAGAUCGGGCUCUACCUCUCGAUCCUGAUUAUGUUGGUUCUAGUUGCAGAAUGAAACCCAAACUAUGGUAGGGUGGUUAGAGUUAGAGAGAUGGCAGCUAACCAUCAGGAUCAGAACUCAAAUGUCAGCAUCAAAGCUGAGUGUUCCAAAUCCUGUGCUUGUAUAUUCAUGGAUAUAUUAGGCCAGAUGUUGAUUUAGUGGACAAAAAUGUAUGGUCACACAGGAAUGUUACAGAGUAGACUGUGGUUUGAGUUCUAAGUGUGAACUGGUGACAUCUAAUUUGUAAAGGAA